AUAAGUUUGAUAAAAAAGAAACGCUAUGCAGUUUCAAGUUUAGGCAGCUUCAGUAAAGUGAGAAUCGCAAGGUGAUACCUCAGGUUUUUGCUGUAGGCAAUGUAUUGGAAAAUUAUUUCUUGGGGAUUAUUAAUUGCUGUAUCGAAUGUGGUUAAAUCAGAGUUUUAUUCGUCUGUCUCAGAUUUGGAUAAACUUUUACAAACCGAGGGUAUCAUUUUGAAGCAACUUGAUUCAUACAUUCAAGCUCAAGAGGAACGAUUAGGCGAAUUAAGACGGAGAACAUUUAGUUGGAAAACAGCGCAUAGUAAGGCCACCCGAAAUGCGAAAGAUUAUUUGCUCAAUCCAGUGAAUGCUUUCUUGUUGAUCAAACGCCUAACACUAGAGUGGAAUGACAUUGAGGUAAUUGCAAACGAUAUGGCGAAGCAGGACUUGAUGAAUACAGAUGACGCUGGCAAAAAGACAUUGGCAUUACCCGAACGGGUCGAUUUGUUAGGAGCUAUGGAUGCCUUGUUACGACUUCAAGAUGUGUACAAUCUAGAUGCGUCAGUGAUUGCUAAUGGGAUUGAUACGGGUUCAAAAAUGUUGGCUGACGAUUGUUUCGAACUAGGUCAGAAGUUGCAGGAAACUGGUGACACGCAUCAUGCUGCUGAUUGGUUCCGGGAAGCCUACAAUCGUUUUGAGCUGGGUAAAAUCGACCUGAACAAAAAGGUCAAGAUUUUGGAGUAUUUGGCAUCCUAUUCCUAUACGACAGGAAAUGUGGAAGACGCCCUUGAUUAUACCGAUCAUCUCCUUGAUUUGCAGCCGGAUAACAAGAAAGCCCUUGGACAAAAAACGUUUUAUGAAGAUGCUAUUUGGGAUCAACAAGAUAAGCUUUUCAAAUCCGAUAAAAUUUCCAGCAGUAAGGCAAGCAAUAACAUACUCGCAGUAUAUAAAAAGCUAUGCCAAGGUGAAAUUCUACGAAAUGCCUCAGAAACAUCGUAUCUCAGAUGUCGAUAUACACCAACCUUAUCAGCAUUCUCCAAAAUAGCUCCGUUCAAAAUAGAGGAAAUAAACCUGAAUCCACGGAUCGUCGUAUUUCAUGACGUUCUUUCCUAUACAGAAAUCGAUUUGCUGAAGAACUGGUCAAAACCGCUUCUAUCGCGAGCUGGAAUAGCAAAUCAGGAAACCGGAAAAGGUGAAGUGUCCAACUAUCGGGUGAGCAAAUCAACGUGGUUCACGGAUGAUUAUCAUGCAGCUAUCAGAACCAUCACCCAGCGUGUUGAAGACAUGACAGGUCUGUCCAUGGACACGGCGGAAGAACUUCAAGUUGUAAAUUACGGUCUUGGCGGCCAGUAUGGACCACACUUCGACUUCUUCCAUUGGGGGGAGCUUACCAAAUCGAAUCGCAUCGCAACUGUGCUGUUCUAUAUGAGUGACGUCAAGAUAGGAGGAGCUACUGUGUUUCCAAAACUGAAUUUUGCUCUGGAAGCAAGGAAAGGAUCCGCUGCCUUUUGGUACAAUUUGCAUUCAUCAGGAAACUUGGAUUACUCUACGCUGCAUGGUGCAUGUCCCGUUUUGAUGGGAGAGAAGUGGGUUGCCAACAAAUGGAUUCGGGAACGUGGACAAGAAUUUCGAAGGAAAUGUGAUCCGGAUGAUAUGGAGUGAUUCAUAAUAAAAACGGACAUUUUAAAUACUUUAAUGGAAUCUUAUUUUGCAAUUCAUAUUCUUGGGAAUCAUCUUCUUGUGAAGAAUAUAAAAUUUAUUUCGUAUUCUUCGCCACUGUAAGAAUAUUUAAACCGAUGCUGCAAUUGCCCAUGAGUCUGAUUCUUUUGAACAAGUUUGCCGACACGUCAGAAAUAUUGAUGUCUUUGGGUUGUCAGAUGCAAAACCUUUAACUUUAUAGAUAAGAAACGCCUUUAA